CUUCCGGCUCGAGGGCCGAGGCUGGAGAGUGUCCGGCACUUGAUGAGGAACACAUUCUUCGAGUUUUACCUCAGGAAGGUCUGGCCAAGGCAGGUCGAGGGGCUGGGCGGCGGCUCCCAGGACAGGCCGAGGUCGAAGCGCUGGAGCUAGCCGCGCCGCUGCCGCGCCCGGGGUCCUGUGCCGGGACUCGGAGCCCCUGGCCCGGACGCUCCUGCCUAGGCUGUCCACCCUCGGUAGCGGCCGGAGCGGGCACAGCCGGUCCAGAGGGCCCAGCUGCCCGGGGUCCUGACGAUGGCUUCGGACACGAUCUCUCAGGAACGGGAAGGGCUGCUGAUCGUGAAGCUGGAGGAGGACUGCGCCUGGAGCCAGGAGCUGCCCCCCGCUGACCCGGCGCCCAGCCCAGAGGCCUCCCACCUGCGUUUCAGAGGCUUCCGUUUCCAGGAGGCUGCCGGCCCCCGGGAAGCCCUCAGCCGGCUCCAGGAGCUGUGCCACGGCUGGCUGCGACCGGAGCUGCGCACCAAGGAGCAGAUCCUGGAGCUGCUGGUGCUCGAGCAGUUUCUGACCAUCCUGCCCCGGGAGAUCCAGGCCCGCGUGCAGGAGUUACACCCGGAGAGCGGGGAAGAAGCCGUGACCCUGGUGGAGGACAUGCAGAGAGAGCUCGGGAGGCUGAGGCACCAGGUCACAAACCGUGGGCGGGGAACAGAAGUACUUUUGGAGGAGCCUUUGCCUCUGGAAACAGCCCGAGAGUCACCGAGCUUCAAGUUGGAGCCCCUGGAGACUGAGCGAAGCCCUGGCCCCAGGCUGCAGGAGCUGCUAGGUCCCAGCCCCACAGGGGACCCCCAGGCUGUAAAGGAGAGGGCAUUAUCUGCUCCCUGGCUUUCUCUCUUUCCUCCUGAAGGGAACCUGGAAGACAAGGCUGUGACUGGGCCCCAGUUGCCUGAGAGCUUAGAGAAUGUGGCAGUGUUCAUGUCCCCGGAGGAAUGGGGACAUCGGGAUCCUAGUAAGAGCGCCUUCUCCAGGGACCUGGUGCAGGAGAAUUGUAAGGUGGUGAAUUCACUGGAGUCACACAUUCCCAGUCAGGAAGCCCUAGGCACCCAGGUGGACCAGGGAAGAAAGCCACGGGACCCCGGCAUCCAGGCAUGCAAGGAGGCCCUGGGCCCCCGAAGCCCAGCUCCAGGGGAGGAGAAAUUUGAGAAGCCAGAAGAAAGUACUCAGUUUAAUUCCCCUGAGAACACACACCCUCAGGCGCUGCUGCCAGGCCAGGCCAGAAGUGAGGUGCCCUGGAGUCCUGAGCAAGGAAGACCUCAUGACAGGGCAGACUGGCGCUGGGAGCCUCCCUCAGAGGCCACAGCGGAACAGGCGUUGGUGGGAACCACAAGUUACAGAGAACUGGGGCAAUCCAAGGAAGCACAGCCGAAGAAGCUCCAUUUGUGUCCCUUGUGUGGGAAGAACUUCUCCAACAACUCAAACCUAAUUAGGCACCAGCGAAUUCAUGCUGCGGAAAGACUAUGUGUGGGUGUGGACUGUGGUGAAGUUUAUGCUGGGAACCCUCACUUCCUGUCCCUGCAGUGGGCACACCUUGGGGAGGAGGCCCAUAAGUGCCUCGAAUGUGGCAAAUGCUUUAGUCAGAAUACUCACUUGACCCGCCAUCAGCGUACCCACACAGGUGAGAAACCUUAUCAGUGUAACAUCUGUGGAAAAAGCUUCUCGUGCAACUCCAACCUCCACAGGCACCAGAGAACACACACCGGGGAAAAGCCGUACAAGUGUCCUGAGUGCGGGGAGAUCUUUGCCCAUAGCUCUAACCUCCUUCGGCACCAGAGAAUUCAUACAGGAGAGAGACCCUAUAAGUGUACUGAGUGUGGGAAAAGUUUCUCCAGGAGUUCACACCUUGUCAUUCAUGAAAGAACUCAUGAGAGAGAGAGACUUUACCCCUUCACCGAGUGUGGGGAAGCCAGGAAUGAUAGCACCCCUUUUCUUACGAACCACGGGACCCCCAAGGCAGAGAAGAAACUGUUUGAGUGUUUAACCUGUGGGAAAAGCUUCCGGCAGGGUAUGCACCUCACAAGACAUCAGAGGACACACACAGGAGAGAAACCAUACAAAUGUACCCUUUGUGGGGAGAACUUCUCUCACAGGUCUAACCUAAUCAGGCACCAGAGGAUUCACACAGGAGAGAAGCCAUACACCUGUCAUGAAUGUGGAGACAGCUUCUCUCACAGUUCCAACCGGAUUCGGCAUCUGAGAACCCACACAGGAGAAAGACCCUAUAAAUGUUCUGAAUGUGGAGAGAGCUUCUCUCGGAGUUCACGCCUCAUGAGUCAUCAGAGGACUCACACCGGCUAGGUAGAGAGGUGUUUCUCUUUGCCCCAUUCGGUGGCAUGUUCAGAAGGGCCUGUUGUCUAAAGCUGGGAUUCCUUGCUCAGCCACCCAGACGUGCACUUCUGCAUUUUCCAGGUGAUUAACAUCAAUGGGGAGUGUAGUGUGAGAGAGGCACAGAGGCUGCAAAGGAUUGGUAUGGAACUGAAGCAGCUGUGUCUGCGCUGCUAAAGACGGAAGUCUGAGGGAACCUGCUCGAAGCAGAGGUCGCUGUGUGUCUGGCCUGUCCCAAGGUGUGCUGCCUCUCCUGGUGUAUUUUGCCAAGAUGUGAUUUGGGUACCUACCUUAUUGUGUCUGAUGUUUGUCCCAAAAGCUGUGGAAACACAUCUUUCUGUUACUACUUUCUGAUUUGGGACAUUGAGUAGGAGUAUUUGGGCCCCUGGGGACUGGGAAGCCGGUGAAGAGGGGCCAGGUCUCGUAGAGCUCAACAGGAGACUGCUUGUGAGUUGCAGUGUUCCCAGAGGCCGUGGGCUGCAUAGGUCAGCCACCACACCCCGCAAGGGCCCACAAGCACACCACACAUGUAGAUGUUACCUCAGACAAGCAGGGACCUAUGGGACUUACAGCUUUUCAAGAAAUUGGCAGUGGAGUUUGUGGUCUGGUUCCUCUUCCUUUGGCAAAGGUUCGCUCCCCCACCUUUGUCACAAGUGAUCAACAGAGCUUUGGAGCCUUACUCCUGGGCAGUGUUCUCUGAAAGGUGAAUUCCCUGGGAAACUUUGGAAAUGGGGCUCCUAGGAAAAUUAGUGACUGUGUCCUUCCUUGUAGAAAAUGUUUGAAUGGUAAAUAAACAUCUCCAGGAAA